GGCGCCGGGAGGGGAGGUGGAGCUUCAGGAUUAUUGUCCACCGGGCUGAGUGACUGACUGAGUGAGCGUCUCCAAAGUUUGACCGGCUUCUCGUGAGUUCGCUCCUGGUGACUGUUGUCCAAACAAAACCAACCACCGCCGAACCAGGCGGACCCGAAGACCUGCGUAAAGUGACGCACGGAGGCGCACAGGUCAGGGAGGAGUGCGGGCUCCAGGAGAAGACGCGAAAGUUUUUUUUUUAUUUAACUCUUUUUUUUUCCUUCUUUUUUUAAACAGAACUCCCGGUGUGUGUGCUGGAGCAGAAACCCAUGAAACAAAGAGUAAAUUUACUGCUGUAGCUCCUCACUGACUCGAGCAGUUGUCCUCCGUCCUGUAGACGCUCAGGAGGAAGACCAUGGACUGAAAACUCUGGGAUCUGCUUCCUUUUUUUUUUUUUUUUUAAACUUUGCUUGGAAUCACAUCAUCAACACAUGAGUUGGAUCCACUGGACUCGCGGUUUCCAUACAGUAAAUCCUCGGGGAUUAAAAUAACGAGGGCAAUGGAUAAUUUCUUCACGGAGGGUGACCGGGUGUGGUUAAGGGAGGAUGAACAGUACCUUCCCAGCACCGUGUCCUCUUGCUCUGGAGGUGUCGUUGCCUUUGCCACAGACUACGGCCAGGUGUACACCUACAAGCAGAAUGCACUCACCAGGCAGAAGGUGCAGCCCAUGCACCACAGCAGCAUCAGAGGGGUGGAGGACAUGGCGACACUGGAGGACCUCCAUGACGGCGCCAUCAUGCAUAACCUCUUCCUGCGUUACCGGCAGAGACACAUCUAUACGUACAUCGGCUCCAUCCUGGCGGCGGUGAACCCUUACCAGCCGCUUCCCGGCCUGUACGAGCGGCCGGCUGUGGAGCUGUACAGCCGACACCACCUCGGUGAAAUCUCCCCGCACAUCUUCGCUGUUGCCAACGAGUGCUACCGCUCACUGUGGAAGAGGCUUCAGAACCAGUGUGUCCUGAUCAGUGGAGAAAGCGGGGCGGGAAAAACAGAAAGCACCAAGCUAAUCCUGAAGUUCCUGUCGGCGAUGAGCCAGCACUCCCUGGAGGUGACGUCCAGAGACAGGACGUCCCACGUGGAGGAGGCGCUGCUGGAGAGCAGUCCCAUCAUGGAGGCCUUUGGAAACGCCAAGACCGUCUACAACAACAACUCCAGCCGCUUCGGGAAGUUCGUCCAGCUGCAUUUCAGCCAGAAGGGCAACAUCCAGGGAGGCAGGAUCGUCGACUACCUCUUAGAGAAGAACCGCGUGGUCCGGCAGAACCCAGGGGAGAGAAACUACCACAUUUUCUACGCCCUGUUAGCGGGAACCAACAGCCAGCAGAGAGAGGCGUUCGGGUUGACCCACCCCGACAGCUACCACUACCUGAGGCAGUCCAGCUGCCUCACCGACAAGACAAUCAACGACGAAGGUGCUUUUCAGGAUGUUCUGAAUGCCAUGCGAACGAUGCAGUUCACGGAGGAGAACAUCGGGGAGAUCCUGCGCCUCCUGGCUGGGAUCCUCCACGCAGGGAACAUCGAGUUCAUGACGGCCGGAGGAGCGCAGGUCUCGUCCAAGUCAGCAGCUCUCAGCCGCACGUCCGACCUCCUGGGGCUGAACUCAGACCAGCUGGCCGAGGUCUUGACCCACCGGUCCAUGAUCCUCAGGGGCGAGGAGAUCUCCACACCGCUCACUGUAGAACAGGCGGUGGACUCCAGAGACUCCAUGGCCAUGGCACUUUAUUCUCAGUGUUUCAACUGGAUCAUCCGCAAACUCAACAACCGCAUCAGGGGCAAGGAAGACUUCAAGUCCAUCAGCAUCCUGGACAUCUUUGGAUUUGAGAACUUCGAGGUCAACCGCUUCGAGCAGUUCAACAUCAACUAUGCAAACGAGAAGCUUCAGGAAUAUUUUAACAAGCACAUUUUCUCCCUGGAGCAACUGGAGUACAACAAGGAGGGCCUGGUUUGGGUUGACAUCAACUGGAUGGACAACGGAGAGUGUCUGGAUCUGAUCGAGAAGAAACUGGGUCUCCUGGCACUGAUGAAUGAGGAGAGUCACUUCCCAAAAGCCACAGAUGACACCUUACUGGAGAAACUCCACAGCCAGCACUCGAAAAACCCUUUCUACGUGAAACCACGUGUUGCUGUGCACUUCUUUGGAGUCAAGCACUAUGCAGGAGAGGUGGUGUACGACAUGAGGGGGAUGCUGGAGAAGAACAGAGACACUUUCAGAGACGACAUCCUCAACAUGCUGAGGGAGAGCAGGCUGGACUUUGUCUACGAUCUGUUUGAACACGUAUUGAGCCGAAACAAACAGGACACUCUGAAGAGCAGCUCCAGACGACCCACAGUCAGCUCCCAGUUUAAAAAUUCUUUGCACUCCCUGAUGGCCACACUCAGCACUUCCAACCCGUACUUUAUUCGAUGCAUCAAACCAAACACACGCAAGAUGCCUGACCAGUUUGACCAGACGGUGGUUCUGAACCAGCUCAGAUACUCCGGUAUGUUGGAGACGGUCAAGAUUCGGCGCACCGGCUUCCCCGUCCGUAGACCGUUCCAGGACUUCUGCUCCAGGUACAAGGUGCUAAUGCGGGGGGUGUUGACGUCGGAUGAUCCCAGGGGGCGCUGCGUCCAGCUGCUGCACCACUACGACAGUAGCAGUGCAGAGUGGCAGCUGGGAAAGACAAAGGUCUUUCUUCGGGAGUCUCUGGAGCAUCGCCUGGAGAAGCAGAGGGAGGUGGAGGUGCUGAAAGCAGCCAUGGUCAUCCAGGCUCAUGUGAUGGGCUACAUUGCCAGGAAGCAGUACAGGAAGCUGCUGCAGUGCAUUGUGGUCAUUCAGAAGAACUAUCGGGCUUUCUACUGGAGGAGGAAGUUCCUGCUCCUCCGCUGGGCGGCGCUCACCUUCCAGAAACGCCUGCGAGGCCAGCUGGCCCGCCGGGCCUACAGCCAGCUGCUGGAGGAGAGGAGGAGGAGGAGGGAGGAGGAGGAGGAGGAGGAGCGGCGGCGCAGGAGGGUGGAGGAAGAGACGGAGAGAGAGAGGCGGAGGCUGGAGGCUGAGAGGCUCGCCAGAGAGGCAGAGGAGAGCAGAAGACUGGAGGAGCUGCACUGCGCCGAGGAGUUGGCCUCUCUGGUUUUGGCUGAGUCUCAGUCGGCGGUGGCGGUUGCAGCACCGCCAGACGUCCUGGAGGAGCUGGAGUCGGCAGAGGCUUUGGAGGAGGCGAAUUGUCCUCAUGAAGCAUCUCAGGUGGAGGAGAUCUUACGACUGGAGCGGGAGAUCCAGGCACUGCAGAGGCAGAAGGAGCGUCAGGAGCUCUCUUUGACCGAAGCCUCCCUCAACCGCCUGCAGCACCUCCGAGACCAGGAGCUCAGGCGGCUGGAGGACGAAGCCUGCAAGGCGGCGCAGCAGUUCCUGGACUCGCUGAACUUUGACGAGAUCGAUGAGUGCGUGAGGAACAUUGAGAGCUCCUUGGGAGUCGGCGAAGGGGAGGAAAAGGAGAAGGAGAGCGGACGGAGGAGAGGCAACGAUGAAGAGGAGGUUGACGAAGGUUUCGGGGCAGACGAUGAGGCCUUCAAAGACUCUCCAAACCCUAGUGAACACGGCCACUCAGACGGCCAGCGGACCAGCGGGAUCCGAACAAGCGACGACUCGUCUGAAGAAGACCCAUACGCCAACGACGGCGUGAUCCCACCACUGCCGCCGACCACCCUGCUUCACCAGCCACUGCCUUUACCACCCGUGCCCCCGCCCUGCCACAGCGCCUCGUCCAGCGGGGACUCGGCCUACUGCCAUCCCCAGGCUUCAUCCGAGGCUCAGUCUGAUGACCUGGUGGAGCUCAUACCGCCAGACGAGGACUCGGACUACGACCAGGACGACUACGAUGAGGGCGCCAUCGUGUCCAGUGGCAGUGUGGCAUUCUCCAACCCCCGCAGCGGACAGUGGUCUCCUGACUAUCGCGGCUCUGUAGGCACCUACAACAGCUCAGGGGCGUAUCGCUUCAGCUCAGAGGGGGCUCAGUCUUCAUUUGAGGACAGCGAGGACGACUUCGACAGGUUCGACACCGAUGACGAACUGUCGUAUCGGCGAGACUCUGUCUACAGCUGCGUCACACUCCCGUACUUCCACAGCUUCCUCUUCAUCAAAGGCGGUCUGAUGAACACGUGGAAGCGGCGCUGGUGCGUUCUGAAGGACGAGACCUUCUUGUGGUUCCGUGCCAAGCAGGAAGCUCUGAAGCAGGGCUGGCUGCACAAGAAGGGAGGCGGCUCGUCCACGCUGUCCCGCCGAAACUGGAAACGCCGCUGGUUCGUGCUGCGGCAGAGCAAGCUCAUGUACUUCGAGAACGACAGCGAGGAGAAGAUGAAGGGGGUGCUGGACAUGCACACUGCCAAAGAAAUCAUCGAUAACACCGGUAAGGAGAAUGGAAUCGACAUUGUGAUGCAAGAAAGAACCUACCAUCUGAUCGCAGAGUCUGCUGAGGAUGCCAGCCAGUGGUUCAGUGUGCUGAGUCAGGUCCACGGCUCCACAGAGCAGGAGAUCAGAGAGAUGCACGAUGAGCAGGCCAACCCCCAGAACGCCGUGGGAACGUUGGAUGUGGGGAUGAUCGAUUCGGUUUGUGCGUCAGAUAAUCCAGAGAGGCCCAACUCCUUCGUCAUGAUCACGGCGAACCGCGUGCUGCACUGCAACGCCGACACGCCCGAGGAGAUGCACCACUGGAUCACUCUGCUGCAGCGCUCCAAGGGAGACACCCGCGUCGACGGCCAGGAGUUCAUCAUCCGAGGCUGGUUGCACAAAGAGAUGAAGAACAGCACCAAAGCCUCGCUGAAACUGAAGAAGCGCUGGUUCCUCCUUACCCACAAUUCCCUGGACUACUAUAAGAGCUCAGAGCGUAACGCCCUGAAGCUGGGAACGCUGGUGCUGAACAGCCUCUGCUCGGUGGUUCAGCCGGACGAGAAGGUCUUCAAAGAGACGGGCUACUGGAACGUGAUCGUGUACGGCCGCAAACACUCGUACCGCCUCUACUGCAAGCUGCUGAACGAGGCCACGCGUUGGGCCAACUCCAUCCAGAACGUCAUCGACACCAAAGCUCCCAUCGACACGCCGACCCAGCAGCUCAUCCAGGACAUCAAGGAGAACUGUCUCAACUCUGAGGUGGUGGAGCAGAUCUACAAGAGGAACCCCAUCCUUCGCUACAGCCACCACCCGCUGCACUCGCCUCUGCUGCCGCUGCCCUACGGAGACAUCCACGUCACCGCCCCGAGACACAGGAGCUACACGACGCUCCAGGACGAAGCCCUCAAGGUGUUCAGCUCUCUGCAGCACCUGGAGGGCGUGGCCGACCCGGUGCCCAUCAUCCAGGGCGUUCUGCAGACCGGCCAAGAGCUCAAACCGCUGCGGGACGAGCUCUACUGCCAGCUGAUCAAGCAGACGACACGACCGCCGCAGCCGGGAAGCCCUGGGAACCUCUGCAGCUGGAAGAUCCUGGCCUGCAUGUCCUGCACCUUCGUCCCGACCAGGAGCAUCCUCAGAUACCUCAAGUUCCACUUGAAGAGGACCCGAGAGCUCUUCCCCGGCUCAGAGAUGGAUCGUUACGCCGCCUUCGCCGUCGACUCCUUGAGAAAGACUCGAGCCAGGGAGAACGUCCCGUCGCAGGAGGAGAUCCGCUCCAUCGUGGCACGGCAGGACAUGAGCACCACCGUUCACUGCCACGGAGGAGGCUCCUGCAAGAUCACCAUCAACUCGCACACAACAGCCGGAGAGGUGGUGGAGAAACUGAUCCGCGGCCUGGCCAUGGAGGACAGCAGGAACAUGUUUGCUCUGUUUGAACACAACGACACCACGGCGAAAGCCAUCGAGAGCCGCAUGGUGGUCGCCGACGUGCUCGCCAAGUUUGAAAAGUUUUCAGCGAGCCCAGACGAACACAACACGGGCUGGAAGUUUUACUUCAAGCUCUACUGCUUCCUGGACACAGACAACGUUCCCAAAGACAGCGUGGAGUUCGCCUUCAUGUUCGAACAGGCCCAUGAAGCUGUCAUUCGUGGUCAGUAUCCGGCCCCGGAGGAGACUCUUCAGUUCCUGGCAGCCCUGAGACUUCAGUACCUGCUGGGUGAUCACAGCUCCCAGGUCAGCGUCCCUGAAAUGUCCCAGGUGUUCCCUAUGGCACGAUUACGGGCCCGGGUGCAAAACUCGGCCAAGACGUUCGCUCCGGGCACCGGCUCGGUGGCCGACCGCUCGGGGACGGCGGAGAGGAAACGCUCGAGCUUCCUGGAGGGAACGCUGAGGCGGAGUUUCAGGAGCGGCUCGCUGAGUCGGCAGAAGCUGGAUGAGGAGAACAGCCUGGAGGCCUGGAUGAGGGAGGAGGCGUCCGCGGUGAGGACCAGCGUGAUGGACAAGUGGAAGAAACUGCAGGGGAUGAACCAGGAACAGGCCAUGGUCAAAUACAUGGCGCUGGUGAAGGAGUGGCAGGGAUACGGGUCCACGCUGUUCAAUGUGGAGUGUCGGGACGGAUCGUUCCCCUAUGAGCUGUGGUUGGGCGUGAGCCGGGAGGCCAUAUCAGUGUACAAACGAGGGGAGCCAUGGCCCCUGGAGGUUUUCCCAUAUGAACAGAUUCUCUCCUUCGGAGCCCCGCUGCCCAACGCCUACAAGAUCGCCGUGGAGGGCCGAGAGCUGGUCUUCGAAACCCAAAUGGUCAUGGACAUCGCAAAGCUGAUGAAGGCCUACAUCAGCAUGAUCGUCAAGAAGCGCUACAGCAACUGUCAGUCCGUCAGCAGCCACGGCAGCCAGUGUAGCGCCUGGUGAAGCGCCGCCCUUUAAUUCGUGACCUAUGGCCACAUGCCGCAGGAGGGCCGAGCGUGGUCGAGCGUGGCCGCAGCUGUCUGUGCACGGACGCCCGUCCUCAGCGCUGUGCAAAGAGCAGCUCGUACAUUUGACUCUGUGAAUGCUGGAGACAAAAACCGCAAUGCUCUUGAUGUUAACUAGCUCCAAUGAUUUCUUUUUGACUGGUUUUGUUCCAAAACACUUCACAUCCACACCGGACUUAAACUUUUAAGGUUUCAACAAAGUUGGAAGUUUGGUGGCCUUUGUUGCCAGUAAGCAAAAUCCUGAAAACACUAAUUAUUAAUCAAUCAUCACAAAGCAGACAAGUCAACACGCAGAACCUAAACUGGAAUCAAAUGUGUAUUGAUGAUGGAUUGUGAAAACAAACUACUAGAGUCAUGGGACUCCCUGCAAUUGAACAGAUUAAACCUACAAUGCCUGGUAGUUGUCAAUGGGGGAAAACAUUUAGAUAAAUUGUUCCCUUAAAGUGUCCCUUACCAUUGGAUUACUUAUUAAUAGUUCCCUCAAAAUAACAGUUAAUAUCCUCACAUUAUUUAAUCGUGCUGUCACAUUGCUUGAUUUGCAACUGAUCUUACAGUGAAACAAUCUGUUGUACCUUAAAAACUAACCGACUUUAAGUGAUUUCUGAAGUUUAAGACUAAGAUAAGGAGAAAACCUUAAAUUCUCAAGUGAAGAUUUUAGGGAAACCUUAAGGAGAAAACUAAAGGGUGUUUUGUGCAACCGGCCUCAGAAGCACAUCCAUUUAUCUAAGUCCAAGAUUAAAAGAACACUGGCGACAAGAACAAAUAAAACAAAGGUCGUUCAUCAACUGAUUCAAGGGCACAAAAAUAUUCUACAAAAAUAAAGUAAGUAAUUAAAGGGUAUAAAUUAUCCCUGAGGGAACAAAGCAUAUUGACAAAAACGACUCAUCCAAACUUUUCCUCCUGGAACCCAAAUACAAAAAUACAACAAAUUCUUUUACAAAAACUUUCCACUAUUUCUCAAACCAAAGAAAAUCAGAUGAAGGCUCAACACAACCUUUGUUUCCUCAUUUAGGAGUUUACUCCUAAAACGUGGUUGUGUUUUGUUUUGGAAUAACUUCAUUUCUUCCUGAUGCUAACGUGCUACGGCACUACAAGGAUGUUGUCGCAGGAUCGGGGGUGUUUGUUGCUGAGGUUUUUGUGUGUGUGUGUGUGAGUGUGUGUGAGUGUGUGAGAGAGAGACAGACAGAGUGUUUUCAGAGAGGUGUGUCUACAGGCUGUCUGAAUGUGAGAAAAAAAAAAAAAGCAGAGAAGUUGGCGAAAAGAAACUAAAGCCUUCAUGCCUUUUCCUCUCUUCUUUGACAAACUCUGGGACUGGACCGUCUUUUCUCACGUUAUCCAGGAUGAUCUGUUCACUGUAAAUAAUAUGCAGCUGUGCUCGUCUCAAACAUUUCAAGAUUGUCUUGAUUCGUUCGCUGAUUAAUACGAAGGUCACGCAAGUGCCUGUUUAACUGCAGCAGGACGACCUCCGAUGAGAUUCUCUCUCGUCGAUGCCACUCCUGUUCCUGCGUAACCAGAAUCUGAAAGGUGCUCCCACGUUCCCUUCAACUACCCAUGUUUUUUGUAGCCUGCAAAAUCCGUCCGCCUGCGCAAAUCAUUCAAGCUAGAGUGUGAAAGAUACUGAAGGUAUACAGCACAUUUCAGCAUCACCUAAAACACACAUUUUGCAGAGAAGAAGAACCUACAUCAGAUCAUGUACUUCCUAAACAAAAUUUAAUUUAGCAUAAGAGAGGAGGCUCUGAAUCUCUCUUCUGAUUGGCUGGCUGUUUUCCUGAGUGAUCCAAUAAAAAUAUAGCAGAUUUCAGGUAGUCAGAAACCAAAUCCUGCAAGGUAGGAGGGUCCAGGUGGGCGGCGCUUGGGGCGUGGCUGAAAGCAAUGGCUGUUUUGUUGUGACAUCACAAAGUCCUGACGGCUGGUUUUAAGGCUCAGUUUCUGAAUACAGGCUGUGAGCAUUUCUCUGUGGACUGAGGCUUUGAUACUUUCACUGUAUUAAUAUAGAAUCUAGACCUGCUUUAUAAUCACACAAUACAUGGACAUCUACCUUUAGACUAUAUGGACCUUUAAAUACAGAGGCCUGAGACUGAUGUGAAAGUCUCCAGUAGAGGUACCGCAUCAUCAGAUUCAUGGAAAUUUAAAUACAGCUGUGAUAUUUUGGGCUGUUUUAAUGUGAUGUCACAUUUGAACUAAUUGUCAUUGAUGGUGUGCAGGUAUUUUUCCUCUUUUCCAAUGUUUAUAUUAUCUCUCUGCACCUGCAUAGCACUUACAAAAGCCACAAAAUAUGACAAAAAGCCAUUUUCACUGAGGUCUUAAUAUCUCUUACAGUUAUUCAAAGUUUUAAGGCAUCACAUGAAUGCCAUUUAAAGCAAUGCAAACUGAUAUAAUUUAGACAUUAGUAGAAAUAAAUGGUGGAUUCUGAUGCAGUGACUCAGGUUUUAGUUUGAAUGGCUUGUUCAGUUGGACUGUUUGCAGUGUGACAUUCCUACUACUUUUCCAUUCAGUGUAACAUUUCACUGGAGCUCCGCGGGCGGCAGAUCCAUCCAAAGACGCGUGUGCAGGUUUCUUCUACAGUGCCUUGUUGUAUAUUGCUGUACACUUAAUUUGUUUUCCAUGUGUGGUUUCCUUUUUUUGGUAUACUGUGCAAUGUUAUAUAUAUAUAUAUAGAUAUAUAUACAUAUAUAUAUAUAUAUCUAUAUAUAUAUAUAUACAUACUAUAUAUUAUAUAAUCAUGUGGCUGUACAUUUUAUACUGUAAGUCUUUGCCUUCUAUUGUUUUUUCCUGAAUGACCACAUGGUGAUUUUCUCAAGACAGAAAUCUUGUAUUUUUCUCUACACAACCCUCCAACUGUCAGUGAAUCUUACACACAAUACUGGUAUCUUGUUUUUUGUUUUUUUUUUUUAUCUGUAUUAGUUGUGUUAUGUAUUGAAAGGAUGAUUCUAACAAUAAACAGUGACAUAUUUGG